AUGGCAUCGGCGGCGAUGUUUUCGUCGUUGAGGCGGCGGAGAUCGCCGUUUCUGGAGGCGUUUCUGGUGCCGGCGGAUCUGUCGGACGCCGGCGUUUUGGGCACCAUGCGAGCUAUUUCAGCUGAGCUGGCAACGACCUUCUCAGGUAAGCACAAAACGACACCGUUUUGCCAGAGGAAGAACUCCAGAUCCUUAAUCCGUAAAAUCCAGGUUAUCUCCCUGCUUCUCGAUUACUUCUCCGGCGUGGAGCCUUCUAGAAUCUCCCCCACCGCCUUCCUCUGCUUCAAGGAGUUGUACCUCCUGCUGCACAGGUCGGUUGUACUCAUCGACUGCGUGAAAGGGUCGAGCAAGCUCUGGCUUCUGCUGCAGAACCAGUCAAUCUCCGGCCAUUUUCACGACAUGAACCAAGAAAUCUCCACCCUUUUGGACGUUUUUCCUCUGGACGAUGAAGUUGUUAACUUGCCCCGAGACACAAGAGAGCAAAUUGAACUGCUGAGAAAACAAUCGAUAAAGUCAUCGGAGCUUUCCGUCGAUAAGCACGACGAGCUACUCCGGCAGAAGCUCUACCAUUUCUUAAACGAAUUCGAAAACGGCCGGAUCCCGGAAAAAGACGAGCUUUACUCGUUUUUCGUCCGGAAGUUGGGUAUUCGCAGCGUAAAAACCUGCCGGGAAGAAAUCGAGUUCUUGGAGGAGCAAAUCGUGAGCCACGACGGCGAUCUCGACCCGCCGGCCACAGUUCUCAAUGGGUUCGUCGCCUUAAUCCGCUACUGCAGGUACUUACUUUUCAGAUUUGAAGACGAGGAAGCCGGUCUGGGGAAACCCAAACGCCGGCCGGCAAAGAAAAUCAGCUUAAUCACCAAAGAAAUCGCCGAUACAUUCGUCAAAUUACCCAAAGACUUCACCUGCCCGAUCUCAUUAGAUUUGAUGCGCGACCCUGUGAUAAUAUCCACCGGCCAAACUUACGAUCGGCCGUCGAUCACUAGAUGGAUCGACGACGGGCAUUCAACUUGCCCCAAAUCGGGUCAAACUCUCGUCCACACUAAAUUGAUCCCCAAUCGAUCCCUCCGGAGUUUAAUCCUCCAGUGGUGCACGGCGAAUAAUAUCCCUUACGACCCACCGGAAAACCCGGAUUUCCUGGAAGGUCAGCCGAGCCGAGCUUCCAUUGAAGCCACCCGAGCCACAGCUCGCCUUCUCGUCGACCAGCUCAAAAACGGCUCGGCUCUAGCCAAAACGGUGAGCGCUUGGGAAAUCCGUCUCUUAGCAAAAACGGGUCGUCAUAACCGAGCCUCGAUAGCUCAAUCUGGCGCAAUACCUCUCCUCAAGACGCUCCUAAACUCCCCUGACCCGCUCUCGCAAGAAAACUCCGUCACCGCAUUGCUAAACUUAUCAAUAUACGAAGAGAACAAAUCUCGGAUAAUGAACGAGCCCGGCUGCUUAACCGCGUUAGUCGACGUUUUACAAAACGGGCACACGACCGAGGCUCGUGAGAACGCGGCCGCCACUCUCUUUAGCCUCUCGUCGAUUCAUUCACACAAGACACGAAUUGCCCGCGAAAAACAAGCCGUCGAGUCCCUAACCGAGCUAUUAAAAAACGGGACGCCGCGCGGGAGAAAAGACGCCGUGACCGCGUUAUUCAACCUUUCGACUCACGCGGAGAAUGUGGGGAUAAUGGUCGAGUCGGGCGCGGUGAAGGCGUUAAUCGAGGCGCUCGGGUGUGAUGACGUGGCGGAGGAUGCGGCGGGGGCGCUUGCGAUCGUCGUGCGGCGGCCGGAAGGGGCGGAGGCAGUCGGGAGAGAGGAAUCGGUGGUUGUGGGGUUGAUGGGAAUGAUGGGGCACGGGAGUCCGCGUGGGAAGGAGAAUGCGGUUGCGGCGUUGCUAGAGCUUUGCCGUGGGGGUGGGCCCAUGGCGGCCGAGAGGGUGGUGAGGGCGCCGGCAUUGGGCGGGCUGUUGCAGAGCUUGUUGUUUACGGGAACGAAAAGGGCGAGGAGAAAAGCGGCCUCGCUGGCGAAGGUUUUUCGGAGGUGCGAGAAUGGGUAUUCGGGUUUGGGGGUUAACGGGUCGAGUCGGGAUGUCUCACUUUCUGUGUCGGUGUCGAUAUCGGUGUAG